AACAUUUUCUUUUUAAAUUUUUUUGAUUUCAGGGGGAAUGUGACCUGGACUGUUUUUCAAGAGAUCUAAACAUUCCAGAGGACAUUCCAUACCUGUGCUGUGAUGCGUCAGACAUGACCAGACCAAUAAACCUGACAAAGAGUGUAACACCCUGGUCAUCAUUAACUACCCCUUUAACGUGCAUGCCUUAUCACACCCUCAUGUGUUCCCAUAAAGCCCAGGUGAUAAACCACCCUACAUACAGGGCUCAGAUGGGCAGGUUAUAGGAAGGGAAGGUGACUCUGGAUUCUUGAUAAGAAAACCGGAACAACAGCCAGGGACGGUGACCUUGCCAACAGGUUCUCCAGCAUGAUUGAACUCUGAGCUGUAGGAUUGUGUUUAAUAAGAGGAGUGAGAAAAUGCUUUAGCCUGCGACACAGGUUUACACAACAACAUCACUGCCCACGGGUAGGAUGCAGAAGUGGCACAACCAGUUCAGAUGACACACGUGUGUUUUUUGUGGUUGGAAGCGUCACUUGUUUUCUUUAAAUAGACUUUUAAUUUAACACAUUUAUGAGCUUAACUUUGGAAGCUUUUCAUUGUUUUUUCUUCUGAUGAGACACAGGGAUGGCUGGGAAGCCAUUCCGAGCCACAUACAUCUGGACUAACAUCAUCAACAACCUUCAGACGCAGGUGGAGGUAAAGAGGAGACGCCACAAUCUGAAAAUCUACCAUGACUGCUUUCUGGGGUCCGAGGCAGUGGACGUGGUUCUGGCUCACAUCAUUCAGAGCAAAGUCUGCGGGGAUGCCGCAGUGCCUCGUUCCAAAGCGGUUCGCCUCUGUCAGGCCCUCAUGGAGGCCAGGGUCUUUGAGGCGGUGGACACUAAGGUGUUUGGGAAAGAAAAGAGGCAAGCGAAGUUUGAGGACAGCAGCUGUAGUCUGUACAGGUUUCUAAACAGGCCGACUCCCAGCACAUCGAGCUCAGAGACCAUUGAGAGUGGAUACAACUCUCUCAGCAACCAGAGGAACACUUACAGCCCACCAUACGAAAGGAAAGAGGAUUCUGUGAAUUCAAACAACUCGCCUGUCAAAACGGAUAAAUCUCUGGAGGAUGUUUUAGGAAAUCUGAACAUGAACACAACCAUCACACCACAGAUGAUGAAUCUGGGCUUAUCACAGGAGUUGAUGGAUGAGGUGUGGCGGCAGCAGACGGUACUAAGGCUCCUGCAGUUGAUUGAACUGCCGCUUCUGGAGAGCCUGUUGGAGGGCCAAGAGAGCCCUCGUCCGCCCCUCCACAGCAUGGACAGCGACCCAGACCUGCUCUACACCAGCAGCUACCUGGACCGUGAGAUCCUGAAGGCCUUCAGCGAAGCUCAGGCAGAUAGCUGGUUGUCAGCAGCUGUGGACUGUCUGGAGUUUCUUCCGGAUCAGUUGGUGGUGGAUGUGAGCCGAGGGCUGGCCAAGUGUGCAGAGGAGACGUCCCAGUACAAGAAGCUCCUCUACGGAGUCCUUGUUCAGCACUACGGCCAGUCUGAAUACCCACCGCUGCUCAGCAACCACGUCUUUGACAUCCACUCAGGUGUCUCUGAGCUGCUUGUGAAUGGGAAGCAGGAGCAGGCGCUGGAGUCUCUUCAGUUGUGUCUGAAACUGCAGGAUUCGCGCAGUAGAGAGGAGCUCCGCAGGUUACUGCGCUUUAUGGCCCUCGCCGCCGGCCCUCAGGAGAUCAAACUACACAAAGAGAUAGAGAACAGAAUGGCAGUAAAGAGGGCGUUCUCCAAUGCCAUUGUGUAUGGAACUAAACUAGCCAAGGGGAAGGUUGAUCUUCUGGUACUUUUCAUGAUGGACAACCACCACGACCUCUUCAAGAUUCCCGUCACAUUGCACAACCUUGUAAGUGAUAAAUUGGCCAGUAUCAUCAAAGGAUCAGAUCCUGAUCUCAUCACAGGAACAACAUACUGUCGCCGUCUCACCAGAAAAGAUUACAUGGAAACAGUUCAGAAAACUACCAGAGAGGAGCUUUGGACAUUACUAAAAACUAUUCACGAGAACACUAAACUCUCUUUGAAGGAGAAGCGCCGUCUGCUCGGACAGUUCUACAGAGGCCAUCCUGAAAUAUUUGUGCAAUAUUUUGGCAACAGAAUAUCCAAUGUUUAUAUUUAAUAGGAUCUUUAAUUGAUAUUCCAAAUGUUGUAUAAUAUGUAAAGAGUAUUUUGUAUGUUGUAAAUAUGUAUAUAUUAUAGACAAAACUGAAUACUACUACUUUUAUGUCUGGAUUGAUGAGAGAAUGACAUUUGUUGGACAAUCACAUCAAAAUUAUUACUUUAUAUUAUCACUUAUUAUCCUAAAACUACCUGUCAUCAGACCACAACUUAAACUUCCUACAAAUCAGACAAAGUAAAAUGUUUUUAAUAGAAAAAAAUAGGCUGUCCUAUCUUUUUGUCAACACUGUUAAGAUAUGAAAACGAAAUCAGGCAAAAUCAAAGACAGCCUUUAUCCUGAAGGUCCUCUUUCUGUAUUUCACCUGCUCUGAGUUCAUCGAGGUCACAGGCUCUGGUGAGAUUUACCAUUUCUAAAAUAAUUAAAAAAAAUUGAGCUUAUAUUUUCAUAACCAUGAUAUGCUGACUCUGUCAUACGUAUUGUUUAGAAAUUGUUUGACAUUUCUAUUUAAAGUUGCCAUGAAACGGAA